AUGGCCAGGUUGAGAUGGUACAACAAGACAAACGUCUCUCAGCUUCCGAGUUCAAACGCAUCAAAACUGGGUGGAGGGAGGAGAGGACUUGCAGAUUAUCAAUUCCUUGAAGCAGUCGGCCGGACCGGCACCGCCCCGUCUCUGAACUCGAUCCCCUCCUCCUGA